ACUCAAUUUUCUUCACGUCUAGCAACGACUUCUCUCAUCUCCAGAAUAAGAAUAAUAAAAAAAACGGCCUUUGCCGACAAUAGCCCUUAGGGUUCCGUCGAUUUUCCGGUCGAUUUUCGGUCGCAGCAGCGUCUUAUCUGCCUAUCCUACUGUCGAUCUGCGAUUUCUGCAAAAGGAUCUUCGAUGUCGAUUAGAACCGUGAAGGUCAGCAAUGUUUCAUUAGGUGCAACUGAGCAAGACAUCAAGGAGUUCUUUUCUUUUUCUGGCGACAUUGAAUGUGUCGAAAUGCAAAGUGGGAAUGAGCGGUCUCAAAUUGCAUACGUGACCUUCAAGGAUUCACAAGGGGCAGAGACUGCGCUACUUCUCUCGGGCGCAACAAUAGUUGAUCUGUCUGUGACCAUAGCACCAGCUCGAGAUUACCAGUUGCCGCCUGCUGCUUCAGCUCCACCCGCUGCAAUGGAAAGCAAGGCUGCAGGCGGAGCCGAGUCUGCUGUCCAGAAGGCUGAGGAUGUUGUCAGCAGCAUGCUUGCCAAGGGCUUUAUCCUCGGCAAAGAUGCUGUGAACAAAGCCAAAGCUUUCGACGAGAAGCACCAGUUCACAUCCACUGCCACUGCUAAGGUUGCCUCCCUGGACAAGAAGAUAGGGCUCUCUGAGAAGAUAAGCAUCGGCACGUCGGUUGUCAAUGAUAAGGUCCGGGAAAUGGAUAACAAGUUCCAGGUCUCUGAGAAGACUAAAUCAGCCUUUGCGGCUGCUGAGGAGAAGGUCAGUAGUGCAGGGUCCGCCAUCCUUAAAAACAGGUACGUAUUCACGGGGGCCUCAUGGGUCGCGGGAGCCUUCAGCAAGGUUGCCAAGGCAGCCAACGAUGUGGGAUCAAAGACGAAGGAGAAGGUUGUCAUGGCCGAGGAAGAGCAUAAGAGAGACACACCAGAUGAUUACAUGCCUCUUCAUGCAACUGAGUCUCUUCACUCAACUGAGUCUCCCAGAGUUGCAUCAGGCGAGCAUUCGUCCAAGCCCCCACCUGCACAAGGCCUGAUCCUCUGACCAGGUAAGUUUUUGUUAAUAUUUACAUACAGGCCUGUCAUGGAUUCGUUGUGCCGCUUUUUAUCUGCUUUAUUCUUUUAGUUUGGAAGGGAUACUGUGAAACAGGCCUGCCCUCCCUACUGGUUGGAUAAAAUGGUUAUUGCUCACUUGACUCUCGUUACUUGAUUAUCAGCUGAACAUUAGCAAGUGUAUGCAUGUCCGCUUGAUU